GCUCAGCUACCCUGUAUAGUAUAUUAGGCUUAUCUGACUAUUUAUUUGCGAAAUCGAAAACAAAAAUCUCAAUAUUUAGCUUGCAGGGUGCGCUAAUACCGAUAAUAGAAAGGCUUGGUUUAUGAUUUUCGAACCUACUUUACUGGGUCACCCUGUAUAGUUAGAGAUUUUGCGCAAUGAUGAAAAAUACUUAUUUUCACUAGUACUACAACAUACCAAAUUUUUUAAAAAAUCGACCGGUCCCCGAAAACCCAUAAGAUGUGUGCGAUGUCCUUUUUAAUUUUCAACUAAAAAUUUUAAAGAUUUGCAUUGAAAUUGUAGUUUCAUUCAAUUAUGGUAGAUUUAGCUUGUGAUUAUCGAUUAUUGAAUUGUAGUCAAAAUGAUGGUAGAUUUCGAUAAUUAUCGGGUCCUUGGCAACACUACACCCUGCUGAUCUCAAGCGGCCGACGUCCCUUGCUUUCCAAUGCUUUAUUUCAUGUUUAUCUUAUUUUGAAAUUUGACCAUUUAUUUAGGUCAGGUACCUUAAUGAAAUAUAAAUGAUUAUAUUGAUUGAUUAUAUAAUAUGACCUGCCUUAUUAAGUUAAGAUCUAAGGUUUAAGGAAAUCCAUGUCAAUCUGACCGGCAUUUUUGGGUUUAGGUUUAGAGGUUAAUUUGGAAGGCUACCACUCCCGUAUCUUUUGCUCGGAAAUUGCAUAUUAUUUAAAUAAUAUAUCAUGAUCAGAAAUUAAUUUAAAAAAAUCAUGAAUAGAUGGUAAUGAUCCAGCUCGUCUUAUAUUGUUCGUCUUUGAAACGAACAUGUGCGUCUUUUAUAAGACGUACGCAAAAUAGAUUUUCACGUACGUUCUUGGUACGUACUUUUUUGUCUGUAUAUUAAUACAGCCUUUUACGUACAUACUCAAAACGUAGUUUUACAUCCCCGACGAACCGACGUAAAACGGACCUAAAAUGUACGUCUUCAGUAUGUACUGUGUUUGUUGGUAAAUUCAAAGUUGAUGUAAAAUAUUGGUUUUAACUGAUAGUUUAUAAAAAUCUGAGAUAAAUAUGUAUGAUCGGUUUUGCUUAACCGUUCAGGAUUUACAGCCUGUUAAAGUUGCAAAAAAGUUAAUUUUCCACUGUCAAUAUUGCCAAAACAGUUGAACUUAGGUAUGGGGUAUAUAUGACAUGAAAUCUGCUCAGAAUUUUACGUAGAAUCCGAAUAUCCAAUAAUAUAGGUACAUUGUAUUCCAUUUGAAAUAAGAAAUUUGUAGCUCGACCAGCCGAAAGUGAGUUUUUCAAAAAAAUUUAUUUCAACCAUAAAACUUUUAUUUGGGACACUUUUUUCUAAAAUGUCAAAUAAAAAAGAUAGAGGGGGUGACAUUUAUAACCAAUAACCCUAUACCUAAUUGAAUGUUUAUAAUAGAUAAAAUGUACGAGCUAUGGUUUUAGGACGGCAACAUUCUAUGCUAUUUUUACAUCGGUCACGAGGCAAAAGUGAACAGAACAAGAAGAACUCUAUCGAGUGGUGAGGGGUGUAAGGAACUCUUUAGCCUUAGUUUCCGAGAUCGAAACAACUAUGUAAUUAAUUUAAAAAAUCCGCGUUUCAAUUGUUUCGAAUUUUAUUUUAUUUCAACUUAUCGUGAAUUUGGAGAUUAACAAUUAAUUGGCUGUGGAUUAUGUUGAGUCACGAUUAUUAAAAAUUAAUAUUAUAAAAAUAGCAAUCGGCUAUCAGAAUAUUGUGUUGAAUAAUUUUAUUGUCUGUAUUAAAAUUGAAUAUGACUUUUAUUUUUAUUUGUCCAGAGGCGGGGGUGUUAUAUUUUGUUACAGGAAAUUUUAUCUUCAUCAGUUUUGAUAGGUUAGAUUCUCUUACUGCUAUAUGUCACUUCUUCUUCGUCUGAUUAUUUGCUGUUUUGGAAGUCUUUAAUAAUUGGCUUCUUAAUCUCAUAUUCUUCUAGUUAUUUAAUUGUAUCUCUAUGUCAAUAAUUUGUUUUGGACUGCAUAUGUUAUCAUAGAAGCAAUUUUGUUAUCAUCUUAAUAUUGUAUAUGCUUAUGAUUUUUUUGAUGCGCAAUCUUGGCUUUAGGCAUUGCACGUAUGUAUGUUAUCAUCUUUCUAUCAUACAUUACCUGUCAUUGUCAUCUUCAGCAUGUUAAUCCUAUCGACAUUGGUAUCAAGUAGGAAGAGCGAUAUCGACACAUUCCUUUUUUUUGUUAAGAGUGUGCAUCUCUGUAGUUUAGGCUUUUGAGAUGUUCCACCUGGUAACAAACUGAAGAAUAUUCAGUGUCAAAAGUGUUUCAGUCAAAGGAAUAUCUGAAUUAUCUAAAGUUGAAUUGAUUGCUCCCAUAGCUUAACUAUUACUACUACUACUACUACUACUAAUACUACUACUACUACUACUACUACUACUACUACUACUACUACUACUACUACUACUACUACUACUACUACUACUACUACUACAACUACUAUUACUGCUACUACUGCUGCUACUACUACAACUACUACAACUACUACUACUGCUACUACUGCUACUAUUACACUACCCCUACUACUUUUCCGAUUGUCAGAGGCAAAUUUGAUAAGAACUUCAAUCAGGGCUUCCUUAUUAGGUAGGUAUGCCAAUCUAUCAGAGACAACAUGGACUUUUUACUUUGAGAAGAGAUUGGGGUGGGAUCGGAAAAUGAGCCACAAUCCUCGUGCUAGAAGGAUUUUGAAUGGAACCUAAUUUAUUGAAGAAAUAAAUAUAUUCAAUCAUUCGAAAAAAAAGAGCAGCGUAAUUAUAACCACACUUUCAGGAUAAGUGGAUCACAACUACCUUUUUAUGAUUGCCUGAAGAACAGUGGUGUGAAAUAAAAAUUAUUAUUGUAAAGAUUCGUCGAUUUAUUUAUUGUACUGUCUAUGCUUGUACUGCAUAAUAUGGAAUGCAUGUAUCAGGCUGCGGACGAAGGAAUUUCCCCUUCUCCAUCACAAAUAUUAUAAUUUUGCGGAUUUAGAUUGAGUGUGAAAUGGACGUCGGUCGUUCACGUUACGUUUUUUCUUGUUUUUAGUGCUUGCUAAAUAUGGUUUUUAAUUAACAAGUUUGGUUGCAUUUAUGAAAAGUGAUUUAGAGUUGAAAAAUCUAUAUAAAACAUGUGCGACCUUAAAUAUUGGCUAUAAAAAAGAUUUCGCACAUCCGCAAUCAAAGCCAAAAUGAUCAAAAAGAGGGCCAGCGUUGUCGAUACAAAUGAAAACCAUGUCCAGGAAAAAGAUACCAUCAUAACAGACAAAGGUCCAACGAUUGGAUGUAGACAUGUCCAGGCAAUUUUACUAUUUUUCGCUUUCUUUUUUGGACUGGGUUCUCGCACAAACCUAUCCGUAGCUAUUGUAGCUAUGACUGAUAAUACUACAAGUCCUAAUCCAGAUGUCCCAACUUACAAUUGGACCAAUACCAGCGUAAUGCUAUCCGCUUUCUUCUGGAGCUACAUCUCCCUUCAAAUUUUAUCAGGUUAUUUAGGAAAACGCUACGGACCUAAAUACUUUCUCCUAGUAACAUCCAUUAUCAAUUGCCUUGCAGUAGGAUUAAUCCCUGUUGCAGCUAAAAUAAGCUCCUAUGGCGUAAUUGUAUGUAGAGUUGUUCAGGGAUUGGCCCAAGGAUUCUUAGACCCUUCCAUUCACGUGAUGUUAGGAACUUGGAUACCCAACGAGGAAAAAUCUACGCUUUGUAAUUUCAUUUUUGCAGGUAUAUUCUCUGGUACAAUAUUUACCUCAGUUUUAACUGGAUAUUUGUCCACUAGUUGGCUGGGCUGGCCAUGGUCUUUCUACAUUUUGGCAAUGUUGAAUUUUGUGUGGUGCAUUUUCUGGGGAAUCUUCGGCCAAAAUAGUCCUGCCACACAUCCUAGAAUCACUAAAGAGGAAAAAAAGUAUAUUCAAAGGUCUUUACAGCAAGAAGUGGAAGAUAAAUUGCCAACCCCCUGGUUGCAAAUAUUCACUAGUGUCCCAUUUUAUGCUACGAUGGCGGGUUACAUAGGGGUUAUUCUCGGACAUACAUUACUGACCACUGAAAUACCAACCUAUUUAGCUAAAGUUAUGAAUUUCAAGCUGAAAGAGAAUGCAUUACUAAAUACACUUCCGACAUUAGCAGGUGCUCUCGUUGGGCUCGCAACAGGUCCCUUAUCAGAUUGGAUUAUCGUUAAGGGUUACCUAACAAGAUUGAAUGCCCGUAGAAUGUUUCAUGUACUUGGUUCUUUUGGUGGUGCUCUCUUUUACGUAUGGCUUAGCUUUCUGAAUUCAUCCCAGCCUUACACCAGCGUGGUACUUAUAACGCUUGGAUCGGGAAUAUUUUCCCUUGUGCUUGCGGGAAGCAACGUCAACCAUUUGGAUCUUUCUCCGAAAUUUGCGGGAAUAACUUUUGGAAUUUUAAGUUCCGCCGGAGGAAUAGCGUCCACUUUUCCACCAUUACUUGUUCAGUGGAUUGUAUUGGAUCAAACUAGCACUGAUCAAUGGCGCAUAGUGUUCCUAGCAUCAGCAGGAUUUUAUGUAGCUGGGGCGCUGAUAUUUUACUUUUUCGCUUCUGCAUCAAGGCAACCGUGGGAUGGACCUGAGGAAAAAGACGCAGAAGAAAGGAACUAGACACAGAAGAAAGGAUAUAUAGGUACUCAGAGACUGGAAGCUUGGUAGUUUUCAGGAUUAAAUUAUGUGUCUGUGAUAUACUGUAACUUUUUGCAGUGAAAAUAGUGUAUUUUGAAUAGAGAAAUUGUUUUUUUUUUUAUAUAAGUGUCUUUUUUGUAAAACUAAAGACUUUUUGCUUGUAAUAGAAUAUCAUUC